CAUGGGAUGCGUGGUUGGGUUAGUGUAUCGGUUAUAUAUUUCCAUAGAUCAUUCAUAAUCCCAUAAAAAUAGUUUGUUUAUCGACAAGUGUUUUAUAAACAACAUCAGAGAUGUUGCAUGCGUAGUAGAAGAUCAUUGAACACCACGAAACAAUUACCAUAUUACGUCAUCGGACGAAAGAAACCGGAAGAAUUGCACGGUUUACUUAAUUCCAUAAAAUGGAGAACCGAAAACAAAUGGUACCAGGGGAGAAUAAUUCCGACGGCAGGGAGGACGAUGACGUGAGUGUGAUUGCUAUAAUAGAAAAAGAAAACGAUCGGUCAUUGAGAUACGAGCAAACGGAGAAAACGGAUGAGAAACAAGAAGAUCGACGAGUGAUCGAGGACAAGAAAUAUAAGGAGGACAGUGAUUACGUGCGUGAUUCGACAGAAACCAGUAGCGGAGCCUCGACUUCCGGCGGUGGAGUUAGCAAAAUAAGAAGAGUCUAUCGGGCUGUAAGAAAAACUCACAGCGUGACGGAAGUCCGUAGAAAUCCGAUACGCGCGAAGAAGAAGGAUCCAGAUAAAAAUUUUCCCCGGUUAAGGCAGCGAUUACUUGCCGCGAAGAAGAAGGAAAUGCUUUUCAGUUCGGAGGACGGUAAACGAGGAAAAUCUUCCACUAAGCCUUACAUGAACACCAGAUCAGUGACACGAAAAAUGUACAAUGUAGGAGCCACUUAUCAGGCACCCACCAUGAAGGAUGCACUGGAAUGGAAAGAGUGGCCCGUACAUGGAAUGCACGAGAGACCAGUUUUCCAUCCCCAGCUUGGUCUGGCCGCGGAAUAUCUGGGCCGAUAUUUCACAAGCUUCGACGGGCUUUCUUACUGUGAGAUAAUUAAUCGGCCGGAAAUAGAAGUGGUAUCCGUCGAUCCUCACUGCGAUUCUCUUCAUUCCUCUUUCGAAAAAAAACGUAGUAAGAAAAGCAAGUCCAGUAGAAGCUUCACAAAUAUUCGAAACUCGAAAGAUCCAUCAGAGAAGAUGAAAUCCUUUGAAAGUUGUAUGCAUGAAAGUUUCCACUGUGUCCUUGGUUAUUGCUCCCAAGUGAUGACUCCUACUUAUAAAACCAACGUGGAGGGAAAGCUGGAUAUGUUAAAUGAAAAGAAGAAUUCAUCUACAGUCGUUAAAGAAACGCCAAAACAAUCAAACAUUGUCGAACAGACUCCUAGGAAAGAUUCGCCAAAUAAUUCCAAGGAAAAUCUACAAAAAGCCAUUGAAGAAAGUAGGAUGGAUAAUUACACAGCUGUUAUGACGCCACAGAACGUGAAGAACUUUAAUCAAAUUCCAAAAACGCAAUUGUUCCCAGCGCAGAAAGUCUACCUUGCUAAUUCCCAAAAAUCCAUCGCCUUCGCUAACAUGAAAACGCUUCAGGGAGGACAGGUGAAGAUUCAAGAUGCAGUACGACCGUCCAAGAACCCUUUUAUACUGGUUAACACUUCAGACAUAAAGGACACACGGUUUGUAAAAUCUACCCCAAGCACUGUGAACACAAAACCUGAAGACACGAUCGUUGGUGAAGAAAAUUUAGGCGAGCUGUCGUCGAUAUACAAACACUUUGACCUAAGCGAGCAAUUUGGCUCAAAGAAAGCUCCAACGAAACGCGAGAAGAAAGUAGAGUUCGCCAUGACCAGAUACCUGCUUAACACCGCUAAACACACCAAGAUUCAAAUACCAAACGCUGGGGAAGGGAAAUUGUACUAUGAAAUACCCUGCAAAGGACUGAAAGUCAAGUCACCUUCUACAACUUUGAAUAAGACCUGCUACAGCAAUGAAGCCACAGAGAUCGCCAAGAUUCUCUCCGAGUACAAUAAAAAUACCACAAAGAAACCAUCCUCGGAGAACGCUUCUUUCUGCCCUGUGAAAAACACGAGGGUCAACGAACUUUCCGGCAAAAAUGAGAAUACGAGUCAGAGCUCUCAGGAGACGUGUAUAGAGAAGAACACACAGUUAACGUUCUCCCAUGGUAAGUGGAGGCGGUUUCACUUGACUAUGGGGAAGGCGAGAGACCUGAAAAGUAUCAGAAACGAGGAGAAACUUUUGCCGAACAGGCAGUCGUUGUUCAGGAUCAAUCCGACGGGGCUGCGUUCCUCGCCAGGGGGGAUGAUCGAGGUGUCCAAGCACCUGGAGUUGCUUCAACGUAGGCAAACUAACGUGGAGAACGUGGAGGAGAAGAAGAGCACGUCUGCAACGAGCGACGAUGUGGAUUCAACGGCUCCCAAGAUGCAGUACUUGCAGGAAUUGUUGGAAGACACAGCCAUGUUGUACUGCGCUGCUACUGUUAAGUCAUCGCAAAGCAAAGAUCCAUCGUUUGUUUUUAUUAACGAAACCAUCAGACAAUCGACACAGUAUAAACAUUUUAUAUUGUUUACAAUAUAACCAGGUACCUUUCAACAUUGAAGGUAAAUCGAAGCUUAAUGAUCUGUGGUGGAGUGCAAAGAGCUAAUUAGUACGAGAUGUUUUCUUUAAUUUCGUAGUCAACACCAUGCCGUCAUUGACCCCGGCAUGUAUGAGAAGCAUGCAGGUAACGAGGAUCGCGGAAUAGACGAAGAAAAGCGCGAUGAUGCCGAGGCGUCUUUGUCAGUCUCUAUCUUGUCGCCGUUUUCGGUGAACGUACCUGUUCUGACUCACUUUCCUCGCUGAUCGUCUUUCCAGUGACUUCUUCAGUGGUCGACUCAUCUUCGCUAUUGUCUUUGCACUUCCU